ACUCGCUAAUGAUAGUUGUUUCGCUUGUUACAUCAAGUGAUAAAAAUAUUGCAGUGUUUAUAGGAAUAUUCUACAGUGAGUGCGUUAAAGUGAUCUUCUUUCACAUUCACCGGUUUCAGUCUCUAGUUUGUCUUAAUCUUCUACUUCCUGACAUAAUAAACUACGACCAAACUGCAAUAAAUAUUUUCUCCGACGGCCUUACCUUAACAAGAUCAAUUAAUGAGGACCAAAGUAGAUGUGGUCAAACAGCCUCACUGCUGGAUGCAAUCCCGACAGCGAAUUAUUUCCGGGUUUUGGAAGCACUUGCGGCGGAAGUUCCUCAAGUAUGGCUUAUUUAAAGUCGGCCCCUUACCCCGUGCCAGGUUUAGGCUUGCAUGGACUUCCAGUAGAUUCUCUCCAUUCGUCCAUGGCUGGAUACCCAGCAGGUAAUCAACGAAAACAGCGUCGGGAGAGAACGACCUUCACCAGGGCUCAACUCGACGUCCUGGAGGCCCUCUUCGGAAAGACGCGAUAUCCUGACAUUUUUAUGAGAGAAGAAGUCGCACUCAAAAUUAAUCUGCCAGAAUCCAGAGUUCAGGUGUGGUUUAAAAAUCGUCGAGCAAAGUGUCGCCAACAGCAAAAGCAGCAUAACCAGCAACAAAGCGUCGAAAAAAGCUCGAAACUAAAGAACAAAAGUGCUACAAUUCUGACAAAAACAUCACCAACACCAGUUUCUAUAAACAACAACACUAGUACGAGUUCUUCAGCAAGCUCACCGAGCGUCACGGCAGCGCCACACCUUAGAGACAGUCCAAACUAUAUCAAGCCCCAACUCCAUGUAUCUACAGGAAGCACCAGCUCACCAACGAUUGCAUCGGCAACUUAUACAAAUUCUGCAAAUUCGAGCAUUUGGUCGCCGGCGUCAAUAGAUAGUUUUACUUUGGAGCAACACCGGUCUUGGUGCUCGUCUUCACAACCGGUUUUGAGCACUACUAACUCAACUACAAACUGCUAUAACAAUUACCCUUAUUAUUCUAAUAUGGAUUAUCUGAGUUCGUCGACAAUGAGCCACUCGCAGUUUGGGGAGAAUGGCUUGGAAACUAGUUGGGGAAAAUCCCGGGAUGAAUCCUCUUGGUUCUACAAUUCAGGAUGGGAGCGGAAAUGAAAAGAAACAGCCGGAAGAAGUAAAUAGAAUUCCAAUUUUUAGUCAAGUUUUAAUAACUUACUGAAUGUUAAAAUUUUAACAUCAAUCAGAACAUUUAAUGAAUAACGUUUACUUAUGUACAAAAAUAUUCACUUUUGUUCUGCAUUUAUCAAAAUUGCAAUAGGAAAUAUUUUUAUAACAUUGCCUCUCUGAAUAUUCGCUUUUGAUUCUAUGAUACCUACUAAUGUGCAAUAACUUAAAAAUCAACACAUGACAUUUCAUAUCACUAAUUAUGUAUAUAAUUACCUAGAUGGAAACCAUUCUGUACAUUAUUAGUGUACAAGUAGAUGUAUAGUUUUGACCAAUACAAUAAAUUUUACGAAUUUAUCAUACUUAAAUAAGAAAUGCUCUAAUAUUUACUAGUCAAAUAAUUGUGCCAAAUGGGCAGUUGGAAUGUAUUUCAUCGAAAUAUCAUUUGAUAAUUUUUAUAUAAUUCCAUGUACAUAUCUUUAGAUUAGUUUGAAAGAUAUCUGUCUAAUGUUCAGUGAUCGUUAGGAAAUUAAUUUAAGGGCCUAAAUUAAGUAAACGAAAAAACACAGAUUAGACUUAAUGUUUCCUGUAAAAAGUUUAUUUCUAUUUAAAUACA